AUGAAGGAUCAAACUUGCACCGAGCAGAUAACUAAAAUAUUCCAAGACGCGCCGGCGGCAAGACAAGUUCUUUUAGACAACUACAAUAAUCUGUACAAUGUUGCCGAGUACUGCGAGAAAAACUAUCUUCAGGCUGGGGAUGAUUCUAAGAAGGCCUUGGAGGAGACCAAAGCUUUCACAACGCAGUCUUUGGCCAGUGUGGCUUAUCAGAUCAGCAGCUUAGCCAACAGUGUGCUGAAACUGCUGGAUGCACAGACCUCCCAGCUUCGCCAGAUCGAGUCUUCAGUCAAUCUCAUUGGGCAGACAGUGGAUAUGCACAGGGAGAAAGUGGCUCGUCGAGAGAUUGGUGUUUUCACAACUGCAAAGAGGGUGCCACGCAGUCACAAGAUCAUCGCCCCGGCGACGGGCAAAGAGCCUAGGCCUAAGUACUCUCGAAUGCCGAUCUCCUACUCCAACUUAGAUGCACUGGGCCAUGGCAUGAAGGACUCUGGGAAGCAGCUGGAAAGAACAGCGACCAUGACACGCAAACAUGGCGGCACUCUUGGACGGAGUAGCCGUCCUCCAGAGCCAGUCCAGUGUCCUGUGGCGCCCAGCUUGUCCCGUGGUGCAUCGCUCAACUCUCUCAACGACCGCUCCAUUGGAUCCAGCUUUGGUAAAGCUGUUCCCCCACCGGUUGUGCCUAACUACCCCACGUCCGUGGAGGCUGACAUAGUUACCACACUGCUGGAGGAGACACCCCCACCCCCACCUCCACUGAUGGAGGAGGAGGGAGAACAUGAGCCUGGUCCUCCUCCACCACCUCCUCUCUUCGAAUCCAUUGACAUUCCUCCUCCUCCACUGACCUCUCCAUCCAGCAACCCACAGCCAACCAGCAUGGUCCCAGUGCCGCCUCCACCACCACCUCCACCUGCACCACCUCUGGAAACAGUGACUGAGGAAGAUGGGUUCCCGCCACCAGAAUCGGCCAAUGAUAUUCCUCCUCCACCAGCAAAUGCCAGCAUUGCGCUCCCAGCCCCACCCCCUCUGCCUGCAGAUAUGAAUGGUGAAGACCUGGAGGUUCCUGCACCACCUCCACCUCUGGAUGGAAUGGAUUUUGAUGAGAUGCCUCCUCUGCCUCCCCCUGUGGACUAUGACACCUUAGCACCGCCCAACUAUGAGGAAAAAGUGGUGGCUCUCUACAGCUAUGACUCGGGCAAGCCUGAUGAACUGGUGUUUCAGGAGGGAGAUAUCAUCUACCUGACUAGCCGAAAUAAAGAUGGCUGGUGUGAAGGGGUCCUCAAUGGCAUACAGGGCUUCUUUCCCAGCAACUAUGUACAAACCACCACCUAA